ACGGAGUACAUGCCGUAUGGAGACCUUAAGAACUUCCUACUCAAGUGCAGGAAGUUGAAUGAGAGGCUCCAAGACAGCAUGUAUGACUUCGACGACAUGAAGAUCUACCAGGUAGCACGGCAGAUAGCAAACGGAAUGACUUACAUUUCCCAGGCUGGUUACGUGCACGGUGAUCUGGCCGCCCGGAACGUGCUGGUAGGAGAGGACCUGGUGGUGAAGAUCGCAGACUUCGGCCUGACAACAGACAUCUACGAGCGAGGCUACCAGCGGCAGGACGCGGAGCAGAAGAUCCCCCUGAGGUGGAUGGCGCCGGAAAGGCUAAUGCGAGAGGGCCGGUACACAAGCAAGAGUGACGUUUGGUCCUUCGGUGUGGUGCUGUACGAGAUCGCUACGCUCGGGAACGUGCCCUAUCCUGGUCGGGAACGCACGCUCCUGGAGGAACUCCGCACAGGGUACCGCGAACCACGCCCGCCUGGCCUCAAACAAGAGCUGUACGACAUGAUGCUGCGGUGCUGGCAAUGGGAGGAAGAUGAUCGCCCGGAGUUUGAGGAGCUUUACGAUGAGCUGGACGCUGUGGUAGAAUUGAUGGCCGAGGACUACGUCAAACCCGGUUCCAGCUCCCCAGUGGGGGGUAAGAAUGAGGCAGCAGAAGCUCUUGAAACCUCGUACGACGUCCCAAAGUCGGGCCGGAUGGGGAUGCAACUCCGCGUCACUGCAGACGUCUACAACAGCGAAGAUCGUGAUGAAGUCGACUCACUCGCGUCCUCCAAUGCAGAAUCCAGUUCCACGCCAAUAGAGAAGGCAGAAUACAGCAGUUAACAAGUGCAAGGCCACGCAGCAAGACACCCUCUCGGAAAGUGAAGACCACGACCAACUACAAGUGGAAUCCUCCAUCCCACCGGGUGCAGUAAUUAUGAAUACCAACGACAGUUCCACCGACUCCGAGCUGCCAGAGCCAGCGAAUGUGCAGAAAAGUGAAACCCCGGCUACAAUUGAGGACAACACCGAAGAUGCUUAAG